UUCCUCCGGCGAGAGUGCGGACGUUCUCUUUGCACGUGUGCGUGAUGAUAGUAACCUUCACGAGAACCGAGUGAAAAUCCAGGGUGUUCAACAUGGAGGCGGCAAUGGCCAUCACAACCAAAUACUGCCAGAAGGAGCUGGAGGAAUAUGGUGCAUGUGUUGUCACAUAUCCAGCAUCCUGGCAAGAGAAGUGUCUAGACCUGAAGCUGAGGGUGGCACAGUGCACUUCAUCACAUCCAGUGAUAAGGAAGAUCCGAACAGAUUGUGCUGGUGAGUUUUCAGUGUUUGAGCUCUGUCUGCAGGAGAACCAGAGCUCUGCUGAAGCGUGUCAACCUCACCUCACACGUUUCCUUGCCUGUGUUGAGACCGUCAACCUUUCAGGAAUAGCAAAUGCUGCGCCGCAGCCCACAUAGAUGGGUUUUGUCACUGUUCUGGCUAAUGAGGACAAUAACACAGGUGUUUUAUACUCGGUACUGGGAAGAAAUAGGCUGGGAAAAGGUUUAUUAUCUUC